UCUCUUUUUUGUGGAUGCAUAAAGCAGGAACAGAAAUCUGGCUGUUAGUGCUUCAACUCUGCAGCUGAAGCUUCAGAGACUCCCGUCCUUUGGGACCCAUCGGUGGCACCGGUCUGACUGUGAGUCGCUUUAACACCAUCGAUACCGUCACAUCCCCUCGGACUCUGGAUCAGCUUCUUAUUGGUGACCGCGCGCCGCUAGGGGACUCAUUUUACGCGCGGACCCCAAGAGGCGCACAACGCGACCGUGGAGAUACUUGAUCCUCCUGUUGCGCCAUGGAGAACUCCAGCGCGCAGGCAGCUGCCAUCACGGACUUUAUUUCGUACACUUUGAAGCAAACCGUGGAUUCGCAGCGCGUUUCGGAGGGAUUUUUAGCGCCCGGUGGUGCCAUGUUCCUGGAAGGCGGCGCACUCAGGACUGACCCUGGGCUUGGAUUUAUGACCGCUCCCCAGACGGAACCUCCUCACCUGGUGCCUGCCUUCUGGGACUCCCCACUCAGCCACGGCAUCAAUGUGUUCGUCGGACUGGUUCUCUGCUUCACCAUGCUGGGCCUGGGCUGCACCGUGGAGGUGAGCCAGCUCGGGGAACAUAUCCGUAGACCCAUCGGGGUGUUGCUGGCUCUGGUGUGUCAGUUUGUCAUCAUGCCCCUGGUGGCUUUUCUUCUGGCUUUAGCCUUUUCUCUGGAUGAUGUAGCAGCGAUGGCGGUCCUCUUGUGUGGCUGCUGUCCUGGUGGGAACUUGUCAAACAUCAUGUCUCUGCUGGUCCACGGAGAGAUGAACCUCAGCAUCAUCAUGACCAUAUCCUCCACCCUGCUAGCGCUGGUUCUGAUGCCCCUCUGCCUCUGGAUCUACAGCCGGGCCUGGAUCAACACGCCCGUGGUCAACCUGCUGCCCUUCGGGGCCAUCAUCCUGACCCUGUGCAGCACUCUCAUCCCCAUUGGUUUCGGUGUUAUGCUGAGAUACCGCCACACACGUGUGGCCGACAUUGUUUUAAAGGCUUCCCUUUGGUCUCUGCUGGUCACCCUGGUGAUGCUGUUCGUCCUGACAGGGGUGAUGCUGGGGCCCGAGCUGCUCUCCACCAUCCCUCCCUCCGUGUACGUGGUGGCCGUCCUGAUGCCUCUGUGUGGGUACGCCGCGGGCUACGGCCUGGCCGUGCUGUUUGACCUGCCCCCCAACAGUCGCAGGUCUGUCUCCCUGGAGACGGGGUGUCAGAACGUGCAGCUGUGCACCGCCAUCCUGAAGCUGGCCUUCCCUCCUCAGCUGAUGGGCGGGAUGUACAUGUUCCCCCUGCUUUACGCGCUCUUCCAGGCAGCCGAGGCCGGCAUCUUCAUCCUGGCCUACAAGCUGUACAGGAAGGAGGUUCUGCGUAAAUCAGACCCCACGAUGGACGGCGGCGAAUCAGACAUAACGUAUCAGAGGUUCCGCGACGAGGACUUUGAGCCGUCUUACGGUGCUGUGACAGUGAGUGACCCAAACACAAUCGUGCUGGAGCCCUGCCCUCCUGACCCCACUCCUGUUUAAUACUUUAGGAAUCGACAUUUCUUUGCUGCUGCUCUUAGGAGAUGAGACCAGAACAUUUUGAUUGCAGUCGUUCAUUAAAAACAAACAAACAGGGAGAUGUAUGUGAAAGAUUGAUGUGGGGUGCUUUAUGUCAUGAGCUUAAUUCAUUCAAGUUAAUCACUGUUGCCUUUUAAAAUGAAACAACACUGCUGUUCCCUGUGGAGUAAAAAAAAAAAAAAAA